GGGAGGGUAUAAAAAACAAACGCACCUGAAGGCAGCAGACAGACAGAGAGUCAGAUACUGACAGCAGGAGACAGAGAGAGGACCCAGUGUUUCACUGACUUUUAGAGAGGUGAUUAUCAAACCCAUUGAUUGGAGGAUGUGGAUGUGGCGCAGCUUCCUGUGUGUGUCCCUGGUCUGUGGUCUGGCUCUGGACUCCAACACCAUCCGAUCGUCCAAAGAGUCUACGCAGCAGAGCUCUGAGCUCACGGAUGGUUCCAAUGCAGACCAAGUGGACCGUCCUGUGAGGCGCCGGACAAACAUGACGUCCAACUCCAAUCAAUCAACACCUCCAUGUUCAACACCGGACUGUGCUGCACCUCGGAGAAGUCAGUGCAGUAACAGAGCUCAGAGGAGACCGUCCCCCCAGGACAGACAGGUGGACAGACAGGUGGACAGACAGGUGGACAGACAGGCGAACAGACAUGGAGACACAGAGGCCGACACACAGAGCAACGAUGGCUUCAACAGGACAAAAGCUCCAGAGAUGUCCAGCUGUGUGCGGUCCGGGGACUGCGCGGACGGUCUGUGUUGUGUCCGGUAUCUGACCGGUAAACGGUGCCAGAGGAUCCCGUCGGAGGGUGAGGCCUGUCUGCUGCGAGGGUCCAGCAAACUGAGGAGGAAGCUGGGACGCUGCGACUGUGAAGUGGGGCUGUCCUGCACCGCCGUCAACCGGGCGGAGUCGGGAAAAGCAAAGGGUCAGGGCGUGUGUCUGCCCAGUCAGAGCCAGAGGAACAUGAGGAAUUCUGGGAAGAAGAGGAGGACGGCUGAGUCGAGCUGCUGACAGAUCAGCUAAAAACUCUGUAGCACUGGAACAUAAUUAAUUUAACUUGGUUCAGUUUGUAGAAAAUUGUUGUUCUUAGUGAUUCGAGCCUCUUUCUAGUGGAGGCUAGGUUCUGUCAUCACCACUGGCGCCAUAUUGGAUCAGACCUUGUGUGCAGUCUGGUUUCUGUUGUGGUGGUUAAUAUUCAGAUGGAGGGCAGAGAGCUGUGGCUGUCAGCAUCAAGAUCCAAAGAGUAUAAGUCAACUGUGCACCAGCUUAUUACAGCCUGUAACAGCAUCAAUGGUUAGGGGGCGCCCUCCAGUGGAUGUAAGAGUCAUAACAGGGGGAUAAAGAGGAAGUCAGGUGACUUGAGCAAAAGAUUUCCCCUCAGAGGAGUUGAGUUUACAGUCUGAGUUUUACUUAACCUUCUGUACGUACAUGACCCACAUGCAUUAUUUAACCAACAUAACUAAUGACCUUUUUUGAACCCUAACCACAAUCAAGAGUCUUGGUAUCGAAACCGGACCAAACUUAGACCAACCAGAUGUUUUCAACUUUAUGAUUUGACCUGGUGAAGGAUUUCAGUCAUGGAUCUUAAUUUAUAAUUUAUGGAAGCAGCAUCAGCUCAGCUCGCAGCCCCUCCUGACAUCAUGUGACCACUGAGGAAUCAUCAUUGUAGACCAGGGGUUCCCAAAGUGUGGGUCAGGACCCCCCAGGAGGGUGUCGAGACACAAAUGGGGGGUCAUGAGAAGUCUUCUAGAAUUUU